UAAAAUUAGGGCCACUCUCGGAUCCAUAUAGUUUUUGGGUCGUCUGAUAGCUCUCUCUCACACACGCCCCAACCCACCCAGAGGUGAAGAAAUACACAGAGACACAGAAAGAGAGAGACCAGAAAAUCACAACCUACAAUACAAAAAGGAAAGAAAAAUUGGUGAUAUAGGUGAAGGUCAACAGUAGUUGUUGGAUGACAAGACCUGGGACGUGAGGAAGUCAUGGCAGAGGGUACAGAAAUUGAUGACCGGGUUGAUCUUGAUGAUGACAAUUACAUUGAAGAGAUGGAUGAUGAUGUUGAAGAACAAAUAGAGGAUGAAGAAGCCGGGGGAGAUGGCGAUGAAAAUGAUGAGGACCAACAGGAGGACUCAAGUGGGACUAAUGCAAAUGACCAAUCACCAGAAGCAGAUAGAAGUCCCAUUACUACCGAACCAGUCGAAGAUGAAGAAAAGCCUAUUGCCACCAUUGAUGAAGUUGACAGCGAGAAGCGAGCUGAAAUUCUUUCCCUUCCUCCUCACGGGUCUGAAGUUUUCAUUGGUGGGCUUCCUCGAGAUACUACAGAAGAAGACUUGAGGGAUCUCUGUGAAUCAAUUGGUGAAAUUUCCGAGGUUAGGUUAAUGAAAAAUAGGGAUACUGGUGAAAGUAAGGGUUUUGCUUUUAUAGCAUUCAAAACGAAGGAUAUUGCACAACAGGCCAUUGAAGAGUUGCAUAACAAAGAAUUUAAGGGUAGAACAUUAAGGUGUUCACUGUCUGAAACUAAACACAGAUUGUUUAUUGGUAAUAUUCCGAAGAGCUGGUCUGAUGAUGAAUUUAGGAAAGUCAUUGAGGAGACUGGUCCUGGAGCAGAAAAUAUUGAGCUCAUAAAGGAUCCACAAAAUCCAAGCCGUAAUCGUGGUUUUGCUUUCAUUGAGUAUUACAACAAUGCCUGUGCUGAUUAUUCUAGGCAGAAAAUGUCAAGUGCAAAUUUUAAACUAGAUGGCAACACCCCAACUGUCAGCUGGGCUGAUCCAAAGAGUGCACCUGAGCAUUCUGCUGCUUCUCAGGUGAAGGCUCUUUACGUGAAGAACAUACCUGAGAACUCUUCACCUGAACUACUGAAGGAACUAUUCCAGCGCCAUGGAGAAGUUACAAAAGUUGUUAUGCCACCCGCCAAAUCUGGUGGCAAACGGGAUUUUGGUUUUGUUCAUUUUGCAGAAAGGUCAAGUGCACUGAAAGCUGUCAAUGAUUCAGAGAAAUAUGAAAUUGAUGGUCAGGCAUUGGAUGUUUUUCUGGCUAAGCCUCAGACUGACAAGAAGUUUGAUGCUGUUAAUCUCCACAAUUCUGGGCCUCGGCCAAAUUUUAUUCCUCAUCCUGGGUAUGGUGGUUUUCCUGGUAAUUCAUAUGGUGGCCCUCUAGGGGGUGGAUAUGGCGUUACCGCUGGAUUUCAGCAGACUUGCACAAAUGAACAGCCUGUGAUAUACGGUAGGGGGCCAAUGCCAACUGGGAUGCAAAUGGUGCCAAUGGUUUUACCAGAUGGUCGAAUUGGUUAUGUUCUACAGCAGCCUGGAGUACAGAUGCCAACCCCACGGCCUCGGAGAAAUGAUCGAAGCAAUGGCACUGGGGCAGCACAAGGACGAGGAGGACCUAGCAGUGGCAGUGACGAUCGCAGCAAGCGGUACCGACCAUACUAGGGGCAGUGGAACAGUGAUAUGUUGUAGUGGAUAACUAGAUAUGGCUGACAAAAUGACAUUCCACACCUCAGACCCAUCUCUUUAAACAAAAAGAGGUUAAUUCAAAAUCAUGAUACGAGGUAUCUUAUAAUCUACUGUAAUGGUCAUAGUGUUGGCAAGAGACAUACAUGUCAACUUUGGUUUCAAUUGUUUUUUGAUCUGAGAACAAGUUAAGUCCAACUUUGUUUACCUGGAACUAUACACGCUAAUUCCAGGUCCUGACUUCUGAUUGCAAUUCAAUAUCUUUUUCUGUGUUUCGAGGA